AUGCCUGCCACCAUCUUCGCCCGCGCCGCAGCCCGCCGCGCCGCCACCUUUUGCACCUCCAGCCGCGUCCUGAAGCCCUCUGCCGAGUCCUCCGGCAUCAGCAUGGGCACCUCCACCUCCUCGUCCCCUUCUACCGGCGCCACCUCCUGGGCGUGGCGCAACCUCACGCCCCAGACGCGCCGGUACGUCAAGAUGGGCGCGGCGGCGAGCGUUGCCACCGACGCCUUUGUCCUGUACAACUACCCCGAGUGGGUUGGCCUGAAGAGGGCUUCGGAGUAG